AUGGCUUGGCGCUGCUCCGGACGGACGAACAUGGAGCUUAUUGACAAUCUAUUCAAAAACGGAUUGAUCACCAGCCCAAGAGUUCGGGAUGCCAUGAUGAAUGUAUCAGCUCCGGCGUCUUUGGCGGGUCAUGCUGAUCAGGUAUUACUCAAGGUCGACCGUGCUCACUACUGCCCAGACCCCGAGAGUGCAUACGAGGACUCACCUCAGAGUAUAGGUCAUGCUGCCACUAUCUCUGCACCUCAUAUGCACGCCAGUGCUACCGAGUCCCUGCUCCCUUUCCUAAGGCCUGGCUGCCGAGUCUUGGAUAUCGGCUCUGGCUCUGGAUACCUGACGGCUGUGCUGGCAGAGCUUGCAAGUCCACAGAAUGAUGCAGGAAGGGGUACUGAAGUUGCUAAAGUUGUAGGACUCGAGCACAUCAAGGCAUUGCGGGACUUGGGAGAGAGAAACGUGUCGAAGAGUGAUCGGGGUAAACAGAUGCUGAAGGAUGGCAGAGUAAGCUUUGUCGUGGGAGAUGGGAGAAAGGGCUGGACCCAGGGUGAGGAUGCUCAGGACGGCUGGGAUGCAAUUCAUGUCGGAGCUGCUGCGGUGAAGCUUCAUCAGGAAUUAGUUGACCAACUGAAGAGCCCUGGACGAAUUUUCAUUCCUGUCGAGGACCCGAAUGGAGGUGGUCAGUACAUUUGGAUUGUUGAAAAAGACGCGCAAGGGGAAGUGACCAAGAAGAAAACUUAUGGAGUGAGAUACGUCCCACUUACAGAUGCACCGAAGUGA